AUGAAUGCUGCUGUGAGGGCCACCGUCAGGGUCGGCAUCUACACAGGAGCCAAAGUCUUUUUCAUCCACGAGGGUUACCAGGGGCUGGUGGAUGGAGGAGACCAUAUCCGUCCUGCCACUUGGGAGAGUGUGUCCAUGAUGCUGCAGCUGGGGGGCACCGUCAUCGGCAGUGCUCGCUGUCAGGAAUUUCGCACCAGAGAAGGUCGUACAAAGGCUGCUUAUAACCUGGUGAAGCUGGGAAUCACAAACCUGUGUGUGAUCGGAGGCGAUGGCAGCCUGACUGGAGCUAACCAGUUCCGCAGCGAAUGGAGUGAGCUUCUAGCUGACCUUAUCAAAGCCGGUAAGCUUCAGGGUUUUUAG